AUGGGCGUGGCUUAUACAAUUAAAAAUUAUAUUAAAAUGGAAUAUCAUCAAAUGCACACGCCACAACAACAUCAACAAUUGGAUCAAGAAAUUCAUACAUCAAUGUGGCUAGAUGUUCCAUAUGCAUUAAACCGUGACUCGGGUAUACAUUCAGGGACAACGAAUUCGUUAAGAAGUGUUUUGAGUGGUUGUAAUGACAGUGAACAGUCUUUUUCAACAACAAUGUCAAAUAACGAACAACAACGUUUCCAACACAGUGUUGCACCACCAUGCACGCCACAUCAACGUCAUCCCCAACAACAUCAGCCGCCAGUACAAUUACCAAUACCAGAACAACAGCAACCACAAAUUGAUCCAAAUAUUACGAUGAUGGGUCAGCGUCGCGAGCCAGGUGAAAUGAUAUCAGAAUUGAUUAGUUUACUUAAUGAUGAUGAUCGUCUUAUUGUUAGUGAAGCCGUCAUGUUUGUGCACACUCUAAUUAAAGAAGGAGGAGAUAUCAGAUUAGACGUAAUCCGCAAUCGAGAGAUAAUUAUUGCUUUAUUACGCGCAUUUUCUAAAGAUUCGGGUGAUGGACAAUUAAUUUAUGCUUUAACUAGUCUGUUACAUUUUUUAUCACAACAACAAGAUGGAUUAGUAGCAAUUCUUGAAGCUGGAGGUAUUCGUGCGCUUUUACAUGUCCUGGAUUCAUCUGAUAAUAUUGUUAAUUUUGUUAUUACAAUAUUACAUAAUUUUCUCAUUAUUCUACAAGCAAAUGCAGCUCGAGAGAUAGAAAGUUUUCACGGAACUGAAAAAUUUGUUUCAUUAUUAAAUAGAACCAAUGAUAAAUUGUUAACAUUAUUAACUGAUUGUUUACAUAAAAUGGCAUGUUACAAUCAAGAAGCGAAAACUUUUUUACAAGGAAGUGAAAUGUGUUCUCAACAGUUGUUACGUAUAAUGGUUUCUACAAGGUAUGAUAAACUCUUAUUGACAAUAUCAAAAUUAUUUCCGAUUAUCUCAUCUGGUACUGUAUCAACAAAGAAAACAAUUUUACUAGCAAAUGGUAUUGAAAUUUUGGAAAAACAAAUUAAUAAGACAAAAAGUAUUCGUAUAAGACGUAAUUGUCUUCUGACAAUAAGAAAUAUAUCCGAUCAAGCAAUCAAAUUGAAAGGUAUGGAAUCAUUGAUUCAGACAUUGAUUCAGUUAUUAUUAACUGAUGAUCUUGUCUCAAUCACAUGUUCAGUUGGAAUUUUGAAUAACUUGACAUGUGAUAAUCAAAUAAAUAAAAUGCAUUUGGUCAAAAUGAAUGGUAUACAAGCGUUGAUUAAAACAAUACUACAAGCAGGUGAAAAGGAAGAAAUCAUUGAGCCAGCAUUAUGUACAUUACGACAUGUGACAGCUCGUCAUGAACUAGAAGCAGAAGCAAGAGAUAGUGUAAAAAAAUUAUGUGGUAUACCUUAUUUUGUUAAACUAUUAAAUAUAAAACAUUGGAAAAAAGAUUGGCCAACAGUUAAAGCGACGAUUGGUCUAAUAAAAAAUUUGGCAUUAUCAGCAAGUAAUUUGUCUUCGUUACGUGAAAAUGGAGCUAUACCAAAAUUAGUUCAACUUCUAACCGUUGUUGAUCAAGAAAGACAACAAAUACAAAAAUCACACGAAGAUAUACAUCAUAUGAAUAAUUUAAAUCAUACAGAGCAUACACUCGAUAUUAUAAUUGGAGCAUUACAUACACUAGCAAAAAAUCAAACAAAUCGAAUAAUUAUUAGAGAACUAAAUUGUAUACCGAUAUUUGUUCGGUGUCAUUACUUACCACACUGUCAAUUACAACGUACUUCAUCCGAAAUGUUGAAUGAAUUACGUCAAGAUCUCGAAUGUAAUCAAAUAAUUGAAACUCAAUUAGGAACACAAAAAGUAUUAGAUUUCUUGAAGCAAUAA